GUCGGGGCUUCCCGCGAACGGUAAAAAUACCGAACGCGGCUGUGAGGUAUAAAGGACUGUGAACUUGGCAGACAGCAUUCACUCCUCACGAGGCAAGAAGAAGAAUCAGUUCUCAUACGAAUCCUCUCAUACGAAUCCUAUAAACAACAUGAAGGGACUAUUAAUCGUCUGCUGUUUGACAGCUGUUGCAUUUGCACAGGAUAAAAAUGCAGGAAAUAAGCGAUUCUUUGGAGGAUUAAACCAAGGUUUUGGUGGAGGUUUCGGUGGAGUUGAUCCAGGAUUUGGAGGUGGUUUUGGAGGUGGAAUUAACCCAGGCUUUGGAGGAGGAUUCGGAGGAGUUUCCAACACCUGCAGACGUUGGUGCCGAACUCCCGAGGGACAGGCAUACUGCUGCGAGACCAACAAUGAGCCUGACACCAUUCCCUUCGUGAAGCCAGGUGUAUGCCCUCCCGUUCGCCCUCAGUGCCCACCCGUCAGGAACUUCGCCCCUCCUCAGACAUGCUCUAACGACAGCAAGUGCGGAGGUGUCGACAAGUGCUGCUACGACAGGUGUCUUGAGGAGCACGUGUGCAAACCCCCAGUUGGGUCUUCUGGCUUCGGUGGAUUCGGUUUUGGAAGAUAAUUCCUGAUCUUCCUUUUAAGAAGCGUUAUCACACAUUAUUAGAAAAUAGUAUUUUAUUUUAGAUUUAUAAGUACCAAAGACAUGAAAUUUUAAUAAAUAUUUAUUUUAGA